CGAGCCGCAAGGAGGCGGAAGACUGUCCCGGGCCGGGGCGCGGGAAUCGGAGCAGCCAGCGCCGGACGGGGGAGUUCCUGCGCGUGGCGUCCUCGCAGCGAGACGCCGCCGGAGUCGUCCUCUUGGUGAGAUCCCUUGAACCAUCUGCAGCCAUACUGUUCUCUGAAGAGGGUGCACUUGGUUGCCAUUUUGCUCUCAGUAUGACACCUGUCAAUGUAGCACUAAUCCGUGAUACCAAGUGGCUGACUUUAGAAGUUUGUAGAGAAUUUCAGAGAGGAACUUGCUCUCGAGCUGACACAGAGUGCAGGUUUGCCCAUCCGCCAAGAGUUUGCCAUGUGGAAAAUGGCCGAGUGGUGGCCUGUUAUGAUUCACUAAAGGGUCGGUGCACUCGUGAGAACUGCAAGUACCUCCACCCUCCACCCCACUUAAAGUCGCAGCUAGAAAUUAAUGGGAGAAACAAUCUGAUUCAACAGAAGACUGCCGCAGCCAUGUUCGCCCAGCAGAUGCAGCUUAUGCUCCAGAAUGCUCAGAUGUCAUCUCUUGCAUCUUUUCCUAUGAAUCCAUCACUGGCAGCUAAUCCUACCAUGGCUUUCAAUCCCUACAUACCUCAUCCUGGGAUGGGCCUGGUUCCUGCUGAGCUUUUACCAAAUGGUCCGGUUCUGAUUUCUGGAAACCCACCUCUUGCACUGUCAGGAGUUCCUGGUCCAAAACCACCUCGUACGGAUAGACUGGAGGUUUGCCGUGAAUUUCAGCGUGGAAACUGUACCCGUGGGGAGAGCGAGUGCCGCUAUGCUCACCCCACGGAUGUUUCCAUGAUUGAAGUCACUGAUAAUACUGUGACAAUCUGCAUGGAUUACAUUAAAGGCCGAUGCUCCCGGGAGAAAUGCAAGUACUUUCACCCACCUCCCCACUUGCAGGCCAAACUCAGGGCAGCUCAUCACCAGAUGAACCAUUCCGCUGCUGCCAACGCAAUGGCCCUGCCGCCUGGUGCACUUCAGCUGAUACCAAAGAGGUCAGCCCUUGACAAGGUCAAUGGUGCCACUCCAGUCUUUAACCCCAGUGUUUUCCACUGCCAACAGGCUCUGGCUAACAUGCAGAUUCCGCAGCCGGCUUUCAUCCCGACAGGUGAGGGCACAGCUCUGGGAAUAUUGGGUUUAACAGGGCCAAUACUGUGCAUGACUCCUGCUUCAACUUUUGUGCCCAUGAUGCACGGUGCUACACCUUCCACCAUGUCUGCAGCAACACCACCUGCCGGCAACGUUCCCUACGUUCCAACAACUACAGGCAAUCAGUUGAAAUAUUGAGCAGCAGAGUUACAGAGUAUCAGAAUCUCUCAACAAGAAACUCCAUGUGGCCUUUCUACAUAUGUUCUCGUAUGUCCAACACAACAAUAAGCAUGGUGCAGUCAAUAUAUUAAAGCACAAAUACCUGUUGACAAAUUCAAGUUUUAAAAAUCUGUGGAGAUGUUGAAGCAAAUAGAAAAUUAACCACUAUGUGUUACCUUAUUGGAUUAAUCGUAAAUGAAUUAUCAUAUAGAAUACAACCACACAUCUUUGUCAUGUAUAUGAAUUAUCAGAUCCAUGUUACAUUAAUUUUCCCUCUGAUAGAAAUUGCCACAUUGAAUAUAACCAUAAAAUAUUGUGACUUUUUUCAUUAAUGAUUUAUGCUAACUGAACAUCCACAGUGUACUGUAGGCUUACUGUAUACUCUUGGUGGAUAAAUUCUGUUUUUGAAGUGUUACCUUACUAUUUUGUUUACAAGAUAGUCUAUUGGAUUGAUGUAGAAUGUAACUGAUAUUUCCUAUCCAUUUUCCUCCAUUGGUAUAUUGUAUUAAAUUGGGUUCUGUUUAGCUUUUCCAAGCUAUAGUGUUUUCUUAUUGUAUGUGGUGUUUGGUUUCAAUUAGAAUGACAUAAGUGGGAACAGAACUAUAUGUGACUGAAAAGUAUAACAGGUUCGUGGUAAUAUGCCCUCUUUAAAACAUUUCCUUGAGCUAUACAUUUUGAAGCCCUCACUUCUGAGUGGACACAAAAUCUGUUCGUGUGUAGGAUUUCACCUGUAGAUCUGACCUUGCAUAGUCAAUAAUAUACUAAAUUUUUAAAGGAGAAAAAUACUUACCUACUUAUGAUGGGAAAGUUCAAAUGUCAACCUCAAAUCAUUCCUCUUAAGUAAUUUGAGAAUCAAGUGUUCACACUCCAAUAAAUUUCGUAGCAUGUAUAAAAAUUAUUACAUUUAUUUUGUCACAGGAAUCCCAUCUCUCAGCUUGAGUGUCUAAAUUUGGGCCAUUUGUCAUCCUCAGCUGAGAAACUGGUACUUACUAGUUUAAAGGUAUGCUAAUCAUGGGUUGGAAAUGGAGCAGAGAGAUGUGGGCGUGGAGACAGUUUUUAUGUACUAGCAGAAAGUGUGUAAAACCUUUGCAUUGUAACCUUUUGCACAAAUGCUGUUUUCCAAAUGCAAAUGGCUCAUGCUCUUUUGACUAUUCUUUGAAUAAUAAGUACGAUGCAGUCUAGCAAAAGUCAGUCCAGGUGAAAGAAAAUUGUUUCCAAAUGAGGCCUUACCUCCCCAAAUGGACCAUCUUUCUCUAUUGAUCACAGAAGGAGGCUGAGUACAGGUUUAGAGAAAUGGCAGGAAUGGGGGCAGGGAGGAUUUAAAAUGACUUGGAAUGUGCAAAAGAACUGGAAAAGGUUUCCACAAUUGUCUUUCAGUUUAGUUAGGCUGUUUCCAGUUUUGCUAAAAGCAGCAGUGAAGUAGCAAUGCUGCACUGACAAGUGUUUCUCUGACAAAACUUUAACAUCGGAGGGGGGGGGGGGACAUGAUUUGUUCAGCUUUGUCUCAGAACCAAACCUAUUUUUUGUCAUAUCUGAACUUACUUGCCUUUGUGUGUGUUUCAAAAUUAGUCAAUUUUAACAUCCUUUGGUUAAUAGAGAAUAGCAAUAGCCCAUGGAGGUGUGGUAUGAAUUCUUCUUACUAAUACUUCUGUUUCUGUGACAGAUAGUGUAUCUCUUCUACUCAACAAAGUUAUUAACAUUACUGUUAUUAUAAGAGGGAGGAAAUGUAUUUUCCAAAGCCUUAGUAAAUUGAAUAGUUUGUACUCAAUGUGUAUUCUCCCACAGGAAAGCAUAAAAUCAAAAUUUUGUCUGUAUGACAGUUGAUUUUCUUUGUGAAGAUCACAAUGAAAGGGAAACUAUCUUGGGCUACCACACGACAGGUAGUUGGAUUGAUUUGCAGAACAAUAGCAUUGGCAAAGACUUUACUGCCUUUUCCACAGUUGCUAGAGAAUCAGACUGUGUGUGUGACUUACCUAAGGCUGCCGAGCCAUUGUGGGAACCAACUUUUUACAUCUUUCUUUGGAACAUCUGAACUCAAAGCAGACCAUAUUGGCUCAGAUAUUACAAAAGCAAGAUUCCCUCUGGUGGUUGGUGUCCCAUUGACCUUAAUUGUCCAGGCGAAUCCUGGUCACCAGUGAUUUCUAAAUAGUCUUGUUUUUCUAUGGGCUUCUGCCCUUUGUGAACUAUUGCUGAACUUAACAGAUUGAGAGUUGUCUGUCCUUUUACCUGUGGGCUCUCUGAACCACUGUAUUUCUAUUUCCUAACAUCGUAAUUGCAGGAAGAAUGUACUCCAGCUAGUCUUAGAUGUAGUUAUUAAUGGAUAUGGGAAUGUUUUGUGCAGAAUGAACUUUUGUAGUUUGACAGUUUGGUGCAACAUACUAACUCAUUUAACGUCUUAAACUUUUGACCAAGGUAUAUGUAGAUGAUUAACUUAGAGUAGACUUAUUCUCAUGUUGCUCUAAGCACUGGAAGAUAUUAAUGUUGACUUACCUUCAGGAGGAGAUUUAGUGAGGAACAUUCAGGGUAGUUGUCUUUUUGGUGCGAUGAGUUUCCAUAAUAUAGUAUUAGCAUUUUAAAAGUUGCAGUGUAAGUGAAGUUUAAGAAAGCAAGUUCAAAACUCGAACAUUUUGAUCCAAUUUAAGGGAGUUUUGAGGGAAAUGAAACUUUAAGAUAGCACUCUAGUUGUGCAAUGACUAAUGGUCUUACUGAAGAAAAGACAAGUCAUCUGACUAUAAAUUGAGUUAACAAGAUCAGUCACAACUAAUCAGUGACUCUAAACCAAAAUUUACCCAAUUAUUUGUAUAUAAACCAAAUUCCAAUCAGUUGUGAUUUAUACUUAGCAUUUUUUAGUUAGUGUUUUACCAUGGCAUCCAGCUUCACGUGUCCAAAAUUAUCGACUUUCUCCAUCUUGUCAGCCUUUUGCCAAAAUUUGCAAGAACGCUGAAACUGAAACUUGGAUAAAAUGUGUCAAAUCUGCAGAGAAGCAAUGUAACUAUGUGAUUUAAGAAGAGCUUAGUAGUUUCUGCUUUUCCAAAAAACACUACGAGAGUCGGGACUAGAAUUAAAUUAAGUGGAUUCGUACAAUUGCUAUUUAAAUACAGUGUUGACUUUUGAAAUUGGAGCAUGGAUCCACACUUAGCUAUUGUUGUUUGUCAUGAAAGCAGUCUGCUUGCUAUUCCAUCAGUCUUGCUCAUAUGUCCAUCUCUGAGCAUCCUAAACCAGCAGCCACUGGGAAUGCCAGUUGGUUCUUUUCCUUGUCUUUGGUGAGUAUUGGUAAGGAUGCCCUUGGGCAAAAUGCAGCCGAGGUUUUUCUAAGAUCUGGCAGUCUGUGGGAUAGGCUGUGGCAUGCAGAAGGAUUAGUAAUCUAGUUCUCUUUCCGCCUUAAAAAAAAUAAAGUUCUUCUACAUUUCACUGAAAUGGAAAUAAGUAAAAUUGGUGGGGAGUCGGAUUUGAUUUGAUUCAUUUGAUGGAUUUGACUCCAAGUUUUAAUUUGUAGAUUUAAUAACAUAGUGGCCUCAUUUUACCAGAGCCUGUCAGAGAUAGUGGAAUAAAAUAGCAGAUAAGAGAGUUUAGCUUUUUGUAAAAUUUAGCAGAUAGUCUAAUCAAACUGUAAAUAUAAUACAACUACAGGCUCUGAGAACCAGGUCACUAAUUGGUGCCAUGUUUUUGUUUUUCUAAUUGUUAGUUUUUAAGGUUUUCAUUGUACUACAUGUUUAUAUCUAAGUAACUAAUAAGUUUAAUUUUGAAGGAGAGUUAGAGAAAGUUUAAGUUUUGACCGCAUAUAUUCAGACCAUCUUUGUAGGCUCUGAACUGACACUGUAGCAGAAUUCAAUAUAAACACACUCCAUAACUGCCCUCUACAAUUCACAGUUCAAGAACAAAUUCAGCUUUGUACACAAAUGAUAGAUGUCAGCUAAAUAUAUUUAGUUGUUGCUUUGGCAACAAAACUACAACAUGGCUACCUUUAGACAUUUAUGCAUGUAAAACUUUUAUGUGUAAGCUCUAUGUGGUUCAUGACAGUGCAAACAUAUAGAAGAUACAGCUCAAACUCAGAAAAUUGAUGAUGUUUUUGAAGCCCUGUGUCCCAUGUAAAAGCUGAAUUUGUGUUCCCACGUAGCUUUUUGUCCAAAACAAGUUUAUAACACAUGGAUUCUAGUAUAAGGCCUUAUAGUUUAGAGAAUGUGUUGUGUUGAUAGGGUUAUUCUACAGUAUUUUGACACCAGAACAAGCUUGACAUAGAUAUUACCUGGCAUUUUUUUCACAACUUUAUUCAAAAUUAUCUAUUCAUGAAGUAUCUGUAGUUAUAGAAACAUUAUAUUUUCUGGAUUUAUUCACAAAAACUAUAUGUGAGGAUUAAAGCAUAAGUAAACAUUUCAAGAUUAACCCAUAUUUGUGAAGCCACACGUAAAGAUUCUAUAGAAGGGUCCUGAACAGUGUUUAAGAGACUUAUGCCACAGUCACCUGACUGUCUCAGUUAGGGUGCGAAUGUGUGAGACACCCCUUUUUUGCACUUAUGUACAUAGUCCAUGAAAGCAACCCUUGGAGCUUUGACAAUAUAAGAAGUCUGUGGUAAUAGGGGGAAGUUAGGGAGAGUACUUUGUGAAGCGCUAAGAAUUAGUGAAAGCAUGGUGUUGCAGUGCUGUUGGGGCGGCUAGCUCGCUACGGUUCACCAGAGGCUCAGACUGCUAACAAAUGCCAGAUCUUCAACAGCACUGAGUGAGAGUACAAAGCAUUUCUUUUCGAAAGGCUACCAGCAAAGAUGCUUUUCUGCUUGAAUUAAUUCCCACUGUAAACACGCACACGCACGCACACACACACAUACACACACACAUGCACACAUGCAUGCACACUCACACAUGUACCACAUAGUGGAUAAGGGUCUCAGGAGAGAUUUCCUUUUAUUCAAUCAGAGAGAGCAGAAAAAAAAAUACUCAGUACAUUACAAGAUAGUUACUCUCGAAUCUAAUGAAAACAGAUUUCAUCCUUUGCAGUUAAUACUUAUAUCAAUUAAUGUGGAUUUAAGUGAUAAAAUUGUUAAUGCUUUAACUAAACAGAAGUGAAUCAGCCCAAAUCUUACAUGAGCUAGACACUGGAAGACAAUGUCAAUUUAAAGUCCUCAGCCAGUUUUCACUCCAAGUCUGCAGAUAGCCAAGGAGCUUCCUUGUUGUUCUCCAAGACACCAAGGCUUAACAAGGUUGGAUGUUUGAAAGGUUAAGGGAUGGAUCAUCAGGGGCACUUUGAAUCCUUCCCAUCUUGAGUCAGGUGUCUUGGACCCCAUGCUAGGCUGAGGGUAGUUGUUGGGAAAUGUUGCUUUUCAUACACAGCUAACUCUCUUGGAAGCAUAUAACUCGAUCUGCAGCCAUAGCUCAUUAGUACAGCACUUGCCUGGAUGAAUGAGGCCCUGGGUUCCAUCCUCAGGACUGCAAAAGAAAAAAGGGGAAGAGAGAGAGAGACAGAGAGAGAGAGAAAGAGAGAGAGAAAGAUGGAAAACAGACCAAAGUCAGAAACAACCCAAGCCUUAAUGUAUCCCAUAGCUCAGGGCCAGUUGGCUAGAAAUUACUUUUCUUUUCCCCUCAGCUCCUGAUCACUAAGUCAGCAAUACAGCCACCACCCUGACAAUCUGAGCAGCUGUUUUUAGCCAAUUGAAAAUGGAAGCAUACAUUCAUUUUAUAGUUAAGAAUGCUCACUUCAGCUUUAUUACUCCCAUAAUUUCAUAACCAGCAUCGUGAUGUGGACAUUCCCUUGUGAAUCUCUAAGUCAUAAAAAUGCAUUUUCAUAAGGACAAUAGAAAUAGGGAAUUUGGUGUGUGGUGCUGGGAAUACAGCCCAGGGCUUUGUGUGCUCUGCAAAUGCUCUAACACCAGGACUAGCCAGCGAUAAUAGUUUAUGUCCAGAGCUAUCAACCAUAAAUUAGUAGGGAUGAGCUUUGAAUCAUCACAAAAGAUAGCCAAUGAAUUUAUAGCAUGCACGUGCCCACAGUUACUUGGUCCCAUGCUGAAGCUUGAACAUAGUGACUGUAUUUCAAUUAUUAAGGUGAAGGAGAGAAUCAAGUAUAACAAAUGCAUGUGACUCAAGCUAAAAGAUAAAUUAGGAUGAAGUUUGACUAAUUUAUGAUUUCUAGCCCCUCAGCCUUGCCCAUAAGUGACUUACUCACUGGAAUUAAAAAUCUAGAUUAUCCCAAAGAAAAUUUAUGUUUAUAGAGAACCCUUCCUCACUUCUACUGUACUGAAAAAUGAAAAGUGCUUUGGUCUGAAUUUAGUUGCCAGUCUGUAUAGAUGAUGCUACAAGAGUCCUCUCUAGUCCUCAUUUUACAUUGUGUUACUUUGAAGAAAUACCUCUGUAGCAAGACCUAGAAGAAUUAAGUGAGCUUCUUCUCCCACACACAUAACAACCUUAAGACUCUGUCAUAGAACUGCACGGUUCCAAAGCUUUAUUUCUGUAUACAGAUGCUAUCUGUCAAUGAUGGAAACCAAAUUGUUUUGUUGCUGUGUCUUUUGUGUCUAGCAGUUGAGUGGAUGAUAUGGCCAUCAUUUCAUUAGAUGCUGGGGAUACCGUUUUCAAGUUUCUUAUUAUUACCAUCGCCGUUGCUUUAGUUACAAAAUGAGCCAUUCGCUCCGAAAUUGGAAUGAUUAAAAUGAAGUCCAUUUUUAAGAAAGGGAGGUCUCACUCAGCAUAUUGUGUAAACUAGUCCAAAUUGCAUGGCCUUAAAUGAUUUUGAUUCUCCCAUCUCAGCGUCCUGGGUGACUUCUUUUGCUUCACCAUGAUGAGCUAAGUUACUCCCUUGUGUGAUUAUAAAGGGAUAACUUCUAGCUCCCGCUGACAAUGCUGUGGCUUGUACAAAGUGGAAGCCCUUUUCUUGGGCAGAAAAUGGCAAUGUAAGAAUUUCUUAGCCCUGUGCAACAAUUAAAAAUUUAAGUAAGGACCAAAAUAUUUUACAAGUAAAAACUGUUGAUGUGGUAUUUUGUCCCCAAAUGCAGUAAUUCAUUCCCUCAACUGCAGGUGUUUGAACUUAUUCAAGUUACAGUGUUGUAUUACCUGUUUGUCUUUAGAAGUGUUCAUUAUAGAGCUCAUUUUAAUAUGCUACAUUUUAUGUUUCCUUUUUAAUUCUUUCAAUAAAGUUUCCAAAUUCC